AUGCUCAUACGAUCAUGCCUGUGGCAGGUCCCAGAUGAGAUCUUACAUGAUGAGGCCCUCAAUGCAGCCAUUGGGGUGCUUCCUGCAAACUACAGCUUCGAGAUACACAAGACGGUGUGGCGCAUAAAGCAGAUGGGAGCCAAGCGCGUGGCUCUUCAGUUUCCAGAGGGUCUCUUGAUAUAUGCUUGUGUCAUCGCUGACAUCCUGGAGAGCUUUGCCGGCGCGGAUCAUGUGUUCAUACUGGGCGAUGUGACAUAUGGGGCCUGCUGCGUGGAUGACUUCAGUGCAAGGGCGCUGAAGGCUGAUCUGCUGGUCCAUUAUGGCCACUCCUGCCUGGUCCCUGUCGACGUCACCACCAUCCCCUGCCUAUACAUCUUUGUGGACAUCAAGAUCGACGUCCAGCAUUUCGUCGACAGUGUCAUGCUGAACUUUGAGCCUGGGGCUCGGCUGGUGCUGGCGGGGACCAUCCAGUUUGCAGCCUCCAUCCAGACAGCCAGAGAGCAGCUGGCGCCACACUUUCCCAGCCUCGCCAUUCCUCAGAGCCGGCCGCUGUCUCCUGGGGAGGUGCUUGGGUGCACGGCGCCAGUUCUGAAGGAGGAGGCGGAUGCGAUUGUGUUUGUAGCUGACGGGCGCUUCCACCUGGAGGCCAUCAUGAUCGCCAACCCUGCCAUCCCCGCCUACAGGUACGAUCCAUACGGGCGCGUGCUGACGCUGGAGCGCUACGACCAGGCCGGCAUGCGCGCGGUGCGCCGGCGCGCGGUCGAGGCGGCCGCCGGGGCGGCCAGUUUUGGCCUUGUGCUGGGCACGCUCGGCCGCCAGGGCAACCCCCGCAUCCUUGACCACCUCCAGUCCCUCCUCUCUCGCAGGGGGAUUCCCUACACCAAUGUGCUGCUGUCAGAGGUGGCGCCCUGGAAGCUGGACAUGAUGCACGGGGUGGACGCAUGGGUGCAGAUAGCCUGCCCGCGCCUGUCCAUAGACUGGGGAGAGGGGUUCUCCAAGCCCACCCUGACCCCCUACGAAGCCCUGGUGGCCCUCGGAGAGGUGCCGCCUUGGUGGGAAGGCCCACAAGCAGAGCAGCAGAAGGGCCAAGAAGCAUACCCAAUGGACUACUAUGCAAAGGAUGGUGGUGUGUGGAACAGCAGCUAUCACAAGACGCCUGCGCGGGUGAAAUCCCAAGCGCAAGCAGUGCGCUGA